UGGUUAUGUGAGACUUUGCGGAAAGGAAUCUCGGUCACGAAAAAACCGUCCAGAAAAUGGAAAAUUCAGUAAGAAUACGUGAUUUUCGCAGGCUGAAGAACUACAAAUAUGACACCCAAAGUGUGGAGACAAUUACAUCGGAUGAACAGAUUGCCACAGAACGGCUGGUGGCUGCCCACUUCGAUAGGUUUGCAGAAUAUGCGGCCAUCGAUCCGGAUUUACCUCUGUUGCAUCGCGAGAAUCACAUAGCAUAUUUGGAGAAGUGUCUCCGGGGGCUUCCUGAAGGCUACUGCAGCCUCGACAGCAGUCGCCCGUGGCUGGUGUACUGGAUUCUCAACUCAGCUGCUCUCCUCAAUCACCGAUUCACCGACAGUCAGCUGCAGCGGACCGUGGAGUUCCUGAAGAAGUGUCAGAGUCCAAUUGGGGGAUUCGCUGGUGGUCCAGGGCAGUAUCCUCACUUGGCCCCCACGUAUGCUGCUGUGAAUGCCUUAUCCAUCAUCGGGACCGCGAGUGCCUUCGAAGCAAUUGACCGGGAGGCUCUUGUGCGCUUCCUGCGAGCCAUCAGAGAGCCAAAUGGCGCAUUUCGAAUGCACAUUGACGGAGAGCUGGACGUGAGGGGGGCGUAUUGCGCCAUAGCGGCCGCCAAAUUGUCUGCAAUUCCCGCAGAGGAGUUUAAUUCGGUGUUUUCUGGCACGGCCGAGUGGAUUGCUAGCUGCCAGACGUACGAGGGCGGCUUUGGCGGAGCUCCAGAUCUCGAGGCUCACGGUGGAUACUCUUUCUGUGCGGCUGCAGCUCUUGCUUUGCUCGGCAAGCCGGAAGUCUGCGAUCUCAAGGCACUUCUGCGAUGGACAGUGAACCGACAAAUGGUUUACGAAGGCGGUUUUCAGGGCAGGACGAACAAACUCGUUGACUCAUGUUAUUCCUUUUGGCAAGGAUCUCUCGUGGUGAUUGUACAGACUUUGAUGGCUAGUGCUGAUCCUUUCGCAAAAACACCCACAACUCGUCCAAUGUUCUACAGCGAAGCUCUGCAGGAGUAUAUUUUAAUCUGCUGCCAAAGACCCAGUGGGGGAUUUAUUGAUAAGCCCGGCAAGUCUGCGGAUGUUUACCACACUUGCUACGCUCUCAGCGGACUCUCAAUUGCUCAGCAUGCGGGAUUCAAUCUCGAGCCGGCUGUUAUUGGCUACGGAUCCAAUGAAUUGCUUCCCACACAUCCUGUCCACAAUGUCCCUCCGUCGGCGGUCAAUGCGAGCUACUCAUACUGCUCGCGAAAGAAGGGAAAGUCUCCCUCGGUGGCCACCACGGAGAUUGAGGAUAUCUGGGAUGAUGACUCGGAACGGGAUUAUUGAAUCCGGGAGACUCUAGACUUGAGGCAUUUUUUAGAUAGUUUGUUAACGUGCUUUUACCAUCCUCGACCAUUAGGUGUCCCUUGGGGAUUUCCAGUAACUUGAUUUCAAUAAAUUAAUUGGCUCCGAAG